AAUCGCUCUUUCGCUCUUCCUCUGUGGAGACGGUGCGUGGCGGCGUUGUCUGUGCGGUUCCGACUUCUAAAGUGGACUAAUGGCCGAUAUUUUGAAACUUUUCACUUCGAUUGGGCUCAGCGAGCAGAAAGCGAAGGAAACACAGAAAAAUGAAGCUCUGAGUUCUGCACUGACGGAGGCGGUUAUUAAGGCGCAGCGUAUCAAUGGGACAUCAGGAGUGGACAAAGCCAUGGGCACUUUGCUGUACAGCAUGGCUUCUCGUCUUAAAGACAACAAACGCCUGGCUCUUCUCUCAGACUGCAUUGCUCAGAGGAAAAUCUGCACUGAGCUGCAGCUGGCAGCUGCUUUAGACUUUGUCAAAAGUCAUCCUAAUGAUCCCAUCAGUCAGAAAGAGUUUGAUGAAGCAUGUGGUGUAGAUGUGGUCAUAACACCGGAACAGAUUGAGGAUGCAGUUGAGUUCGUCGUCAAGAAGCACAAGGAGCAGCUGUUAAAGGAGAGGUACCGCUUCAACAUGGGGCUGCUAAUGGGUGAAGCUCGCUCAGCGUUAAAAUGGGCCGAUGGGAAGGUGGUCAAAAAUGAAGUGGAUGUGCAGGUUCUGCACCUGUUGGGACCCAAGACAGAAGCAGAGCUGGAGAAAAAACCUAAGGCACCGAAAGCAAAGGCGGCAGAGAACGACGUGAAGACGAAGAAAGAGGAGGUGACGGUGAAUGGUGCUACAAACCUUGUGGAGGGAAGGUCUCUAAUGGAACAACUCAGAGGAGAGGCACUGAAGUUUCAUAAAGCAGGAGAAAACUAUAAAACUGAGGGUUAUGUUGUCACCCCGAAAACAAUGGAGCUCCUGAAGAAGCACACGGAGAUCACUGGUGGACAGAUCCGUACCCGUUUUCCACCUGAACCUAAUGGCAUCCUUCACAUUGGGCACGCCAAAGCCAUUAAUUUUAACUUUGGUUACGCCAAGGCAAACAAUGGAAUUUGUUUCCUGAGGUAUGAUGACACCAAUCCUGAGAAGGAGGAGGAGAAGUACUUCACUGCCAUCAAGGACAUGGUGGAGUGGCUGGGUUACACACCGUACGACAUUACACACGCAUCGGACAACUUCCAGAAACUCUACGACCUUGCUGUGGAUCUGAUCCGCAGGGGUCAUGCAUAUGUGUGCCACCAGAAGGUUGAGGAGCUGAAAGGCCACAACGUUCCUCCAUCUCCAUGGAGGGACCGGCCUACUGAAGAGUCUCUGGUGUUGUUUGAGAGGAUGAAGAAGGGCAUAUUUGCAGAGGGAGAGGCUACGCUCAGGAUGAAGAUGGUCAUGGAGGAUGGGAAGAUGGAUCCUGUAGCAUAUCGAAUCAAAUACACACCUCAUCACCGAACAGGAGAUGAAUGGUGCAUCUACCCCACUUAUGACUACACCCACUGUCUGUGUGACUCCAUUGAAAACAUCACACAUUCACUGUGUACCAAAGAGUUUCAAGCCAGGCGUUCAUCAUAUUACUGGCUGUGUAACGCUCUGGAUGUGUACUGCCCCGUUCAGUGGGAAUAUGGCCGCUUGAACCUCACCUACACCGUGGUGUCGAAGAGGAAAAUCAUCAAACUUGUUGAAACAGGCGUUGUCAGAGACUGGGACGACCCUAGACUCUUCACUCUGACUGCUUUGAGGAGAAGAGGUUUCCCCCCUGAGGCCAUCAACAACUUCUGUGCACGGGUUGGGGUAACAGUCUCCCAGACAACAACAGAGCCCCAUCUGCUGGAGUCAUGUGUGAGAGACGUGCUGAAUGACACCGCUCCUCGAGCUAUGGCUGUGCUGGAGCCCCUCAAAGUCACCAUAACAAACCUCCCCAAGGACACAAAGAUGGAUGUAAGGGUACCAAACUUUCCUGCCAAUGAGGACAAAGGCACUCACACUAUUCCAUUUACACGCACCAUCUUCAUUGAACAGAGCGACUUCAGAGAGGUGAUGGAGAAAGGCUACAAGCGUCUGACUCCAGAACAGCCUGUAGGUCUGAGACAUGCUGGGUAUGUCAUCUCUGUCCAAAAAGUCAUUAAGGACUCUCAGGGUAAAGUGGUGGAGCUGGAAGUGACCUGCUGCAGCUCAGAGACCGCAGAGAAACCAAAGGCCUUUAUCCACUGGGUCAGCCAGCCGCUGGUGUGUGAAGUGCGUCUCUAUGAAAGACUCUUCCUGCACAAGCAUCCAGAGGAUCCAUCUGAAGUGCCCAAUGGCUUCUUGAGUGACAUCAACCCUAACUCCCUGCAAGUGAUCAGCAGUGCCUUAGUGGAUAUCUCAGUGAAGGCAGCAAACGUUUUGGAUAAAUGGCAGUUUGAGAGAGUUGGUUACUUCUCCCUGGACCCAGACAGCACGACCGACCAGCUUGUUUUUAACAGGACUGUCACACUCAAAGAAGACCCCGGGAAGAUCUGAUCGACACACAGACGAGCUGAACUUACUCCUUCCCUUGAGCCUCCAGAUACUCGACCACUAUGUUUGCUUCACUUAUUGUGUAACAUCAGCAAGGACACAGACAACUCUGGCUGAGACUGCUUUAAAUUAUAUGCCUUUUUAUUGUUGCCUGCAGCGCUCCUCAUGUGUGGAGUUGUCUGAUGUGAUCAGUUCAUGACAGAAACAGCAAACUCUUUACCGGUCAGUGUUAGGAGACCCCUCAGGUUUGGGUUUCCUGUUUUUGCUGCAGUAGUGAUUUCCUGUUAUGCGGGUACCUGUUUUUGGAAUGUAAGCAGCUUUGAUUUAAAUGAAAUAAAAAAAAGACGACAAAUUUAUAUGACUGAGCUGGUUUUACAUAGAGGGGAUGUUCUCAAAUGCCAUAUUUCACUCUCUGAGGUGGGGCCAACCCACCUCCUGUUUUUAAGAAUAACAGCGGUCCUUUGGAAAGCAAAUAAUAAAAAUAAUAUGGUAAAAAAAUAAA